ACCUGGGAGAAGAUCCAGCUCUCAUUGUGGGAAUGCCUGGACCCUGUGCGAUCUCCAUCCUAGCCUCCCAUUGCAAUCUCCAUACGUGUGACACGCAUACAGAUGAUGGAUAAUCUGUAACAAAAAAAAAGUGCAGGAUAUCGAUUCUCCACUGGGAUUUACCAUACACGCUGGUUUGAAUGUGGGUGCACAGGAGCUGAGAUCACUCGGGUCAGUUGGUCUCUCAGUACCUUGGACUUGUUUCUGCCUGGAACUCUGAUUAACAAGCAGACGAGAAGAAUUGCAGUCACCACCCAACCUUAAACAUGAACCGAAAAACGCGGCGCUGGCUCUUCCACAUUUUCCUCUGUGUGGGAAUCGUGUAUCUUAAAAUAGGUGGAUUCUCUUCGGUGGUGGCCCUGGGAGCGAACAUUAUCUGCAGUAAGAUACCGGGCCUGGCACCUCGUCAGCGGGCGAUCUGUCAGAGUCGCCCCGAUGCCAUCAUCGUCAUUGGAGAAGGGGCUCAGAUGGGAAUCAAUGAGUGUCAAUUUCAGUUCCGUUAUGGGCGAUGGAACUGCUCUGCACUCGGCGAAAGGACUGUUUUUGGCAAAGAGCUCAGAGUCGGAAGCAGAGAAGCAGCCUUCACCUAUGCUAUUAUUGCUGCUGGAGUAGCCCAUGCCAUUACUGCUGCAUGCACCCAGGGAAACCUGAGUGACUGUGGCUGUGACAAAGAAAAACAGGGUCACUACAAUCAGGAGGAAGGCUGGAAAUGGGGAGGCUGCUCUGCAGAUAUCAGAUAUGGAAUUGGAUUCUCCAAAGUAUUUGUAGAUGCAAGAGAAAUCAAACAGAAUGCCAGGACACUCAUGAACUUGCACAAUAAUGAGGCAGGGCGCAAGAUCCUCGGAGAAAAUAUGAAACUGGAAUGCAAAUGUCAUGGAGUGUCUGGAUCGUGUACUACUAAAACAUGCUGGACAAUGCUUCCUAAAUUCAGAGAACUGGGCUACAUCCUAAAAGAGAAAUACAAUGAAGCAGUUCAAGUUGAACCAGUAAGGACACAUCGAAACAAGAGACCAGUCUUCUUGAAGAUUAAAAAGCCACUUUCAUAUCGCAAACCUAUGGUUACAGACUUAGUCUACAUUGAGAAAUCCCCUAACUACUGCGAGGAAGACCCAAUCACAGGGAGCGUUGGGACACAGGGAAGAAUGUGUAACAAGACAUCCUCGCAAAAUAACAGUUGUGAUUUGAUGUGUUGCGGAAGAGGAUACAACACGCACCAGUAUUCCAGGGUCUGGCAGUGCAACUGCAAAUUCCACUGGUGCUGCUAUGUCAAAUGCAACACCUGCAGCGAAAGAACAGAAGUUUAUACAUGUAAAUGAAAUUAAAUCCUUUAUAGGGAGGACAGUCAUACCCUCCAAAGAAAAUACUCCUAAAUUUGCACAUGAUCUCAAUCUAGUGGCUGUGAGUUUGCAAAUAAUGUCUCGCUUUCCUAUAGAGUGCAAAAGCUUGAGGAUCCCUGUCUGAUAAUAUUGCCAGAUUGAUGAACCCAGCUGGAUUGCAAAGAGAAAAUAGCACCUGUUGCCAUCUCCAUAAAUAUAACUACACAGAUUUUAAAUACGUAAAGCCUAUUUCAAUUAGUGCAUUGAAAUAAAUCCAGGUCUGAACUGAAAAUGGCACAAGGUUGAAAAAGCCAUAGUGAAAUCAGCAGUAACUUGGCUUGAAAAUAAAACCCUUUAAAUAUGGACUAUAAACAUGACAGGGUUAACAAUGCCCUUGUGAGAAUUUCUGCUUUGAGUGUGGAUUAUGCAGAUUUAGGUUUCUGCAUUUGUGAAAAGCUUCUGCUUGUCUUGCCUGUCUGGAUCUCACAGGAUUGGCUACAACAAGUAUUACUGUUUUCAGUUUCCCAUAGACACUGACUUAUCAGCUUUUUCUUUUCUGCCACAUUUUUUCACAGCCAUUAAGAAAACCAUGGUGGACUGGGGCACUUGGACAUAAUGACUGACUAUACCAGCAACAUUAAGUAAAUAGUAACAACAAUAUUUAACAAUAUAUUUAGAGAAAAAGAAACUAAUAUUAAUUUAUUUAAAA